AUGUCGCAGAACUUGCAAGGCAGACUCUGCAAGCUUGCAGUCCUAUGUUCUAUCUGGCAUGCAAACAACCAAUGUGCGAGCCCACCGUUUGCGCAAGUUUUUUCGACCGGGGUAUGCCACCGAGUGUCGGUAGCAGAGAGCCCCGGUCGUUGGUGCUCUGGAGGCCCUUUGACUGUCCGUCGGGCGCAGGCGGACCCAAACUUCGCGGCCAAUGUUGGCCAAGCAAUAGACACUGUUCGAAGCGACCACGCGCGGCUGCCGGGCAUCGCACCGGGAGCCAGUGUGGCUGACCCUGGGAUUUCUCUGGAGAUUGCUCAGCUAAGCGGUCUGCGCUUCGUGGGUUCCAUGCAGUACGGCCAGUUCUGGGACAACUUUCGUCAAGGCACCGAGCUAAUCAGCACUUCUGCAAGAAGUGAGGUUACUAAUGUGGUGCACUCCGGCUUGUACCUGCGCGUUCGCUGGCGCCUCGUCAUGAAACCCAGAGAUGUAUUGGGCAAGGAGCAGGCCCGCAGUGCGGUGCAAGCGGCCCGAGGAGCCCUGCAAAAUUUUCAGAAUGCGCCUUGGGGUAAGACAGACCUUUUUCAGGCAGGCACCAACUUCCUUGGCCAAGCUGAAGAGUGGGCCUCGUCUCAAGAGACAGCCAACGAACCCUCCGAGCGAAUCGUGGACCUAAAUUCUGUCUACGAGCUCGACCCAUGGAAUGGCAGAAUUGUGAAGCACACGCUGGAGUUCCGAAGCCCUGAGGAGGAUUUCGGGCUGCUGGGAGCCCUGCAGGGAGUACCAAGCAUGCGUUAA